UAGCGUCAUUCAGGGACAGACGGCGUGACAGACAACACCAGAUUAAGUCUGUGAAACGCCAUUGUUUGCGGCCCUUGUGGAAGAAAACAAUGCUCCGUGUCCUCGUGCUGUAUGCGUUUUUAUGCCGCUGGCGUGAAUGGUCGUCUUCAGCGUGCGCUGGGUCCCUCUCGCUUGAAUAUUCCAUUCCAGAAAGCGCCGCUCGGGCCUGGAAUUAGGGUUGAGAGGCGCACGCUCCGCCACAGUCAGCCACAGCCACGGGCGGGAGCUACGUCAGCAGCGCACGCCUCUUCAGACUGAUCGAAUGGAACAGCUGAGGACGCGCGUGUUCAAGCAGAAGAGAAACACGGAGCUCAUCGUUGCCCCGGCUGAAGCGUGAGGGUACGACCCAACGACCGACAGAGCGCUCAGAGGACGGAGAGGGAGUUCGGCCAGGCCUACGUGGGAACAGUUGUUCCUGUAGUAGGUUGUCAGGUAAUGAGUUUUAAGGGCGUUAAGGGAAGUGGGUGAUUUCCAGACUGCGAAGAGCAGCGAGAAGGUCCGCGGACAAAAGAGACGACUGGAGAGCAAGACAGCCCGUUGCUGUGCGAGCCCUGACAGUGGCUCGCGGAGGAGAGUCAGCGCAAGAACGCCGUUGAGCGCGUGAGGAGUGUGUCUGCGCUCUGAUAUUGCCAUGAUCCCCGGACGUGCCGAGAGAGAUUAACGUUAACACCACGCAAAUUAGGGGGACCACAACCGUGCCAAAUUUCCUCAGACUGACGGAGGCUGAUGUGUUGUGACCGGGGAUAACGGAACAGUCCACAUCCAUCGGUUUUUGGAGGAACCCAGAGAUUGCUAUAUUAUUUGGAGGCUCGUGCAGGCUUCGACACUUUGAUUUAUUUAUGUUCGGUGUCAUUAAUUUAUGAUCAGACGGAGCAGCUCCCCAAACGCACGACUGAACAAAGGAUUCGGGAGAAACGAAGACAAUAACCCGAUUCUGCCACCUCCGAUAAGACUUCCCACCGACUCGUGAGCCAGUGUACCCGAAGAAUCAGGAGACUAUCUCGCUCCCCGGGGUUUCACCAAACAUCGGCACGAAGUAAACUGCUCGGAGAGCGUGAGUUGCUACGCCGACACUACGUGAAUGGAGUGGGGAACUACCAGGCUCCGCGGCGGGAGACGGUUCGAAAUGUGACAUUUUCUUGGUUCACCCCUGAAAACACGUGACACGUGCAUUCUGCAGUCGUUUCCAUCAGAUUUGUUUACAUCGUUCAAGAUGGCAUUCUUCCCUGUGUUGGUGUUCCUCCUCUCCCUCUCGGUUGGCGUGUCCGGGCAGGAGGAGGCGGAGUCCACUGCGCUGCCGUGGGGGUGUGGCCUGGGCCUGGGCCGCCCCUACACGCUGCUGUGCGACCUUGAGUCCGUGUGGGGCGUCGCCGUGGAGGCCGUGGCGGUCAGCGGCGGCCUGGCGGCCAUCUUGCUGGCCCUGGUGCUGCUGUGCCGCCUGCGCGGGGUCAGCGAGGCCGAGAAGAGGUCAGCCGUGGGCCCGCUCCUCCUGCUGCUGCUGGGCAUCGUGGGCCUGUUCGGCCUGAGCUUCGCCUACCUGGUGGAGCGCUCCGAGGGCGCGUGUGUGGUCCGGCGGGCUCUGUGGGGCGUCGUCUUCGCUCUCUGCUUCUCCUGCCUGCUGGUGCAGGGCGUGCGUUUGCGUCGGCUGUCCCGUGAGCGCCGCAGCCCCGGCGGCUGCGCCCUGAGUGGCCUCGCCGUGGCGCUGACCGCCGUCCAGGGGAUCAUCGCGGCCGAGUGGCUGCUGCUGACCGUGCUGAGGCAGGGCCAGGCGGCCUGCGCCUUCGAGCCGCUGGACUUUUCGCUGGCGUGCGGCUACGUGGUGGCGCUGCUGCUGGUCGCCACGGCGACGUCCGGCGCGGCCCUGUGCGGUGGUCGCUCGCGCGCCUGGCGAUGCUCGGCCCUCUGGCUGCUGACCGCCUGCCUGCUCUCGCUGCUCCUCUGGGCCGCCUGGCUGGGCUUCUAUCUCUACGGCAACGAGGCCCUGGGCGUGGGGUCGGCGUGGGACGAGCCGGUGCUGGCCGUGGCGUUGGUGGCGCAGGGCUGGCUACUGCUGCUGACCCACGCGGUGCCCGAGGCCCACGCCAGCCUGCGGCCCCCACCACAGCCCUCCGCGCCCGACUACUUCGACACGUCGCACAACUCCUCACGCAUGCGCGAGACCAGCUUCGACGAGGACAUCCCGCUCUCACACCGCCAGUUUGUGGAGAACCAGGGCUACGCCUUCGACGACACCAAUGCAGCAGGUCUGCGCAGUAGCGGUGGUUGCCAUAACAACGGCAGCACCGGCACCAGACCCAGCGCCCCAUUUCGCAGCAACGUCUACCAGCCCACUGAGAUGACCAUGAUCCUUAACGGAGGAGCGGUUCCGUCGGCCCCCCCCACCUACACGGGUAGGCAGCUGUGGUGAGGAGAGAGGGAGGCAGAGAGGGCAGGACGGAAGACAAGAAGAAAGAAAGGAACAUGAAAGAGGAGAAGAGGAAGGGCGGAAUGACGAGAGGAUCCUGAGGCAACCCCCUCCCCUCCAGCCACACACACACACACACACACACACUACCAGGCACUGCAGUAUUUUGGAGAGAAAGAUGAUACGUUACUGCAGCUGAAUCGGACACACACACACACACACAUACACACACAGUGCAGAGGACUGAGAUAUGCCCAGCCAUGGAGAGAGACAUUGAUGGUGUGUGUGUGUGUGUGUGAGUGUGUGUGUGUGUGUUUUGAACCUCUAAUACAGCGGGACUGGAAUUAAACAGGGUAUUAACGCUUGUCACUGUCACCCUCAGCUGAACACAUACACACACACACACACACACACACACACACACGUAAAGCACUGUGACACACUAGCUCAUCUCAUUUCAAAUGCUCUGCUUUUCUCUCUCUCUCACACACACACACAUUUAAGCUGAAGGGUACAUACUGCACUGCUUUGGUCAGGCUCCCUGUGUGCAUGUGUGUGUGUGUGUGUGUGUGUGUGCAUGUGUGUGCAUGUGUGUGUGCGUGCGUGCGUGUGUGUGUGCGUGUGUGUGCGUGCGUGGACACUGCAGUGCCCUCUCAGCCAAGAGGAAAGAAACUUUGACCUUCUGCCUCAACUGCUACCUGUUACCACGACGAUCUCCUGCCCAUCGCCACAGCGAUCCCUAUUCCAUCGUCAUGACAACACCCGUCUCAGCUGAGGACUUGAGUUCUGGAGGAGACACGUGCGGAGGACAGAAGAGUGGAGAGUGUGUGUGUGUGUGUGUGUGUGUGUGUGUGUGUGUAUAGACGUUGUGUAGAGUGUGUGUGUGUGUGUGUGUGUGUGUGUGUAUAGACGUUGUGUAGAGUGUGUGUGUAGAGUGUGUGUGUAGAUGUUAUGUAGAGUGUGUGUGUGUGUAGACAUUGUAGAGUGUGUGUGUAUAGAGUGUGUGUGUGUGUGUAGACACUGGUAUUUUCCUCUGAGUUCCUGUCCUUAUUUAAACCGUCACUUUAGCCACACACACCUCUGUCUGUGGUGCUCUUACACUUUAUACUGCAUGUGUGUGUGUGUGUGUGUGUGUGUGUGUUGCUAUAUCAUUAAUAAUCUAAAGAGACAUAUUCACCAUGAUUAAUGACAUAUAUGGUCAACCUGUGAGUUCAGCACCACCUACUCAAGCCUGUGCUGACUAACACUUUGACUGCACUUGACAGAUCACACACACGUGUGUGUGUGUGUGAGUGUGUGAGAGUUAUUUUAUAUCCCAUACUGUGAUAGCCUAUAUAUAGAGUAGGACGCUUAAGUCAGCAGGCAGGCAAGCACUGUACACUGGAUCAGAUGGCCUACUGGAGUGUGUGUGUGUGUGUGUGUAUGUGUGUGUGUAUGUGUGUGUGUGUGUAUGUGUGUGUGUGUGUGAUAACUCUGUCACACUAAGUCAGCAGGCAGGCAAGCACUGUACACUGGAUCAGAUGGCCUACUGGAGUGUGUGUGUGUGUGUGUGUGAUAACUGUCACACUAAGUCAGCAGGCAGGCAAGCACUGUACACUGGAUCAGAUGGCCUACUGGAGUGUGUGUGUGUGUGUGUGUGUGUGUGUGUGUGAGUGUGUGUGUGUGUGUGUGUGUGUGUAUGUGUGUGUGUGUGUGUGUAUGAUAACUCUUUCACACUAAGCUCAUCUCUGCUGACGUAUCUGCAUGUCUUCUCAUCUAUAUCAGUGUGGGAAAGAAAACUUUUAUCUGUGAGUGUAUGUGUGUGUGUGUGUGUGUCUGUGUGUCUGUCGAUGGGAGGCUGUGCUGUAUUUGUGCUGUUACUUCUCCCACAUACACACACACACACACACACACACACACACACAUUUGGGAAACGUGUAAACCUUGUCUGUGCCAAGCAGCCCCUUAUUUUAGUGUGUAGGCGUGCCUGUAAGCUAACUGUACAGCACUCCAGAGAAGUGCACUCUGGGAAGUGGAGUUUUUAAGCUUAAGGUAACUGCACAGCACUCUAGAGCUCUGUCACUUGGCUGCACAACACAGGCAGUGACUUCCUGGAGCAGUGCACCUUGGGUAGUGGAGUUUUGAUAUUCUUAUUCUUUGUAGUCAUUCUCUCUGGCUAGUUGAGUUUAUUAUUCUGCGUUUUUUGGUGGGUUAUUUUCCUGAGGAAGCGUAGAGAAGUCUGACAGCCAGGCAGGCUAUUGGGUCUGGCGAUGUCAGGCUAUUGGGUCGGGCGAUGUCAGGCUGUUGGGUCGGGCGAUGCCAGUCUGUUGGGUCGGGCGAUGCCAGUAUGUUGGGUCGGGCAAUGUCAGGCUAUUGGAUCAGGCUAUUGGGUCGGGCGAUGCCAGUCAGGCUAUUGGGUCGGGCGAUGGCAGGCUAUUGGGUCAGGCGAUGGCAGGCGAUUGGGUCAGGCGAUGCUAUAGGAUUAGAGGGGAGGGCGUCUCUCAUCAGACCAGCGUCAUCCUCCUCCUCUCCAGGCCCCCCUGGUUUCUCGCUCUGUUGGUUUGACCCGGGAGAACUG